GCUAUUUCAAGCCUGCCUCGGCGAAGCCACGUGACGGCGUAAGAAUAGGGUUAACGGCAAAAUUGCCGCCGGCUAACCGGCGCACGAAAUUUCCUUCAAAGAACCAUGGAAGAGCCGACCCGCAAAUAUCCUCCUCACAAUCCGUACAAUGCCUCGACCCCUUCGCGUUGCAGCAGCCCAGGUCGGUAGAGUCGACCGCGGGACGCCCAGAGCCCAAGUCGUCGCCCGCUUGGUCGCACUUCUGGAGGAAGCGGCAGCGAAAUCCGUCAGACUAGUCGUAUUUCCAGAAACGACUUUCACUACGUUCUUCCCUCGAUAUCUCUUUACCGACGAGAAGGAGCUUGACUCCUACUUUGAAGUCGAGGACACCGAAACCGGGAUCGUCAACUCGGCUAACGUGAAGCCCUUCUUCGAUAAAGCAACGGAAUUGGGCAUUGACGUCGUCAUCGGAUACGGAGAAAAGACUCCCGAGGGUACAACAUAUAACACUGCUAGCUACGUCUCUAGCGGCAAGGUUAUCUCCAAGUAUCGCAAGGUCCAUCUGCCAGGAAGUUUUGAACCCUUCAACGAUAACCCAGAAACAACGAACCAGCUCGAGAAGAGGUACUUCAAGCCAGGGAACCUCGGAUUCCAGGCUUUCCGUGCCCCCGCUCUUCGUCAUGAAUCAAGGAGCCCGAUCAUUGGGAUGCUGAUAUGCAACGACCGGAGAUGGGCCGAAGGGUGGCGAUGUUAUGGCCUGCAAGGCGUGGAGAUAAUGUGUAUCGGAUAUAAUACGGCUGCGUGGGCUCCAGAACUCUGGGGUACUGAUCCUAACAUGGACCGCAAUGAUGCCCGGGAAGACGCCCUAUUCCAUCACAAACUCGUUUGUCAAAGCAACGCAUACACAAAUGCCACGUUCUGUAUCACCGCUGCGAGAUGUGGCUUGGACGACGGGAAGUUUGAGUUGAUAACUGGUAGUAUGAUUGUGGAUCCUGAAGGCCAUAUCGUUGCCGAAAACAAAACCAAUGGCGAUGAGCUGAUUAUAGCUGACAUAGACCUAGACGCCUGCCAACAAGGCAAAAACCGCACUUUUGCGUUCGCAAAGCAUCGACGACCCGAGCACUAUGGAGUUAUUGUCGAACGAGCAGGAGUAGUAGAACCACCAGAGGUCAUCUGAGUGUUGGAAUAAAUGGAAUUAUGGUGCAAGAGCGCGCCCGUAGGAAACGUAUAUGCGUUUAUUGAAGCAUGAAGUUU